UCACUGGUAACUAGCAUAACCACACUGUUUGGUUCAAAUUGUUCUCAUACUCAUCAUGUUACUUAUGUUUUAAACUAUAACAUCGAUUAAUUUUAAUCCUCUAGUAGUGCACCAAACAGUAUUUUUCUAUAAAACAUGUUUCCCAAUAGUACUCAAUCAAGAACUUGGAUGUUCUCCAGUGAAGAUGAAGUAACUGCGCUUAGAGAAAGCACAAAUGCUGAACACAUUUGUAGAUAUGGCAGAAACGUUCCUGAUGCUAAAAAAUAUGAAUACUUCUUAACUCCUGAGGAGGAGUGCAUAAUGGUGAGGAAAUUUGAGUUUCAUUUGAGAGAUUUCUGCAGAAAUUUCCAGCCACCUAUGCCAAAAUAUGUGGUUGGCACGGCGUUUCAUUACUUCAAACGUUUCUACAUUUAUAAUUCUGUGAUGAAUUAUCAUCCAAAGGAGAUUAUGGUGACAUGCAUUUAUUUAGCUUCAAAAGUUGAAGAAUUCCACGUUUCCAUUUCGCAAUUUGUCGCCAAUAUCAAAGGUGAUCGCGGCAAAGCCUCAGACAUCAUUCUCAACAAUGAAUUGCUUUUAAUGGAGCAGUUGAAAUUUAAUCUUACAAUACACAAUCCUUUCCGGCCAGUAGAAGGACUUUUAAUCGACAUUAAAACUAGAUCUACUUUAAAUGAUCCAGAACGUCUUCGACCUGGAAUCGAUGAUCUUUUUGAUAGCAUAUAUCUUACAGACGGUAUUUUGUUGUAUUCACCCAGUCAAAUAGCGUUAGCAGCUGUGUUACAUGCCGCUAGUAAACUACAAGAAAAUUUAGACUCAUAUGUGACUGACACUUUGUUUGGUGAAGAAGGUCAGGAUAAUUUAAUGACAUUAAUUGAGGCUGUAAAGGGAAUUAGAAGCAUGGUGAAAGUAACCGACGUUCUGCCAGAUAAGAAUCAAUUGAAGCUACUGGACAAGAAACUAGAACGGUGUCGGAAUCCUGAAAAUAAUCCAGAUAGUGAAAUUUACAAAAAGAGAAUGUUGGCGAUGCUAGACGACGAAGACGAAGCCUACAAUCAAAUAAUGUCCGCGAAGAUGGAAGCCGACAACUCUGCUCUUAAUAUCCAGGUGAUUUAAUAAGUAAGAAUAAUAAUUAUUUGUUUAUUACAUAUUACACAUUUGCCUUAAAACUGAA